GUCUGGGUUUAGUAGAGAUCUGCUAGCUCAACAGAAAUUUUGAAGCUACCUCGGCCUUUUUUGCAGCCGUCACAGGUGCCAGAAGGGCUUUGAUUUCAGGUCAUCUGCAUUUCUUUUCUUGCUGAUUCCUGCCCAUGACAAGGUCAAAGCCGAUGCCAGCAACCACCGUAGGCACUCCCCAGACCCUGAAAGCACGCAAGGCAGCGGCGGCGCAGCGAGAUCCGGGUGAUCAGCAAGCAACCCUUGUCUCCGAUGCAAAAGAAACCUCCCCAAACCACUUCUCAAGACGGUGCAUCUACGUUUUUCUCAGCAUUUUUGCCCCCUUGCUACUUGCUUUGAUGGCAGCCACUGCAUGCGCGUGCCUCGCCACUCCUUCCAUCAGGGCCAACUUGUGCGGGGGGGCAUUCUUGCAGGCGUCCACUACCCCCCCUUUCUGGAGGGGCCCUGCCAAUCCCUCCUCCAAGAGCUGGAACAUUUCGCUCAACUGGCGGCUCUUCCAGAACCUCCUUUCCCCACCUAACUUGAAAGAUCAGCGAGCUAGCGUAAACUCCAGGAGCCCCAUCAUGGCUUCCUCACAGCCGGCAGCCGGAGCGACGUCAGCAGCAGUCAGUGGUGCAACGAGGCGUGGAUUUUUCGCAGACGUCAGCAAUCUUAUUGAGGAGAACCCAAGCAAGCUGCAUUACGGCGUUGCGGCGGUAAAUUUUGAUGGGGAUGGGCAAGACGAGCUGUUUGUGUGCGGGUUUGGGGGGGCCGAGAAUCAGCUUCUCAAGUGGCGGGACGGAAAGCUCGUGAAUGUUGCUCGAGGGACCCCCCUCGCGGACCCCGAGAGGCAGGCCAUCGGUGUGGCGGCCGGUGACUUUGACGGGGACGGCCAGGAAGAGGUCUACGUGCUUAACACCGACACAUUUGGGGGGCGGAAGAAGCUUACCGACCGGCUCUUCAGCAGGGAUGCGUCAGGGGAGGUGACCGACCUCUUUUCCAUUCCUCGCAACAUGGACGAAGCGAACAUGGUGGCGGGCCGCUCGGUUGCGGCAGUGGACCGUAAAGGGUCGGGCAAGUACGGUUUCUUUGUGGCCAACUACGGGGGAAUCAUGAAGCUGUUCGAAGCCUCGGCCGACGGCUUCGUAGUAGACCAGGCCCGUGCGGCCGGCCUCCAGAUGUACCCGACUGGCGGCCGCGCGCUCGUGUCCGCCCCCAUAGUCAGUCACAGCGCGAUGGACAUCUUCGCUGGAAACGAGGGUGGGCCCAACUUUCUGUUCGUCAACCACAACGGAGUCUACAGCGAGGCCGCGGGAGCUUACGGGUUGAUGGAUACGGAAGAAAACUGCCGCGGCGUCGCGCUUCUCGACGUAGACGGAACCGGCCAGCUAGGCAUUGCCACCGGCAACUGGCAAGGCCCGCACCGACUUUUCUCUCGGGACGGCGGAGGCCCUGUUGGGGGCGCCGCCUCACUGGGUUAUACUGACGGGGAGGCCGGCGGUUUCAAAGACAGGGCCCCGGAGGCAAUGGCCCGGCCGUCUGCGAUUCGGACGGUCAUUGCGGCGGAUUUUGAUAACGAUGGGUACGAGGAGCUGUUCUUCAAUAACAUUGGGAGCGCUAACCGCCUGUUCCGGCAGGAUGGACCCGGCAAUUGGGUCUCGGUUGAUCUGGGCGACGCCGAGGAGCCGGGGGGCCUCGGCACGGGGGCAGCUGUAGCGGACAUUGACGGCGAUGGGCGGCUGGAGUUGCUAGUGUCGCACGGCGAGUUGCGGCCGCAGCCCCUGAGCCUCUUCCGGUCGCCUGAAAACGACAACGCGUGGUUGCGCGUGCGGCCGCUCACUAAACAGGGCGCUCCUGCCCGGGGCGCCACGGUCACGCUCACCGACUCCAACGGCCGGGUGCAAGUCCGGGCGAUCGAUGCCGGAAGCGGGUACUUGUGCCAAAUGGAGCCAGUGGCCCAUUUCGGCUUAGGCGCUCUAAAGGCUGCCGUCGACAUACAAGUGCGGUGGCCCGACGGUUCCACGGUGCAGCUAGACGGUGUCGACCCCUGUCAAGUAAUCAAGGUUCCCCACGUUUGAGAAUAAGUCCUUGAACACCAUUUUCGAUUCAGUAGUCGAGUUGCGGGGCUGCGAGCGAAGCCCAGGUCGUGCGCAUAAUCGGAAUUUAGAGCUCUCUCAUGGAGAGCAUAUUGUCGGGCCACAUUGGGCCGGGGCCAUUGGGUUGACGAGUUGUUUAAAGAUGGAGUCACACCAGGUUCGACUAAUCUCUGUUACGAUCGGCCAAUGCGUCAGACUAAUCGAGCGGUG